ACGGCCAGUGUGACGUAUGCAUUAGCCUGCAGCCACAGGAACACAGCAUUGAAUUAAACCAUGGAGACUCUCUUCAGCCUACCGUUUGCUGUACUGGAAUGCCCGAAUGUCAAACUUAAAAAACCAUCAUGGCUACAUAUGCCCUCUGCAAUGACCGUAUAUGCCGUCGUGAUUGUUUCAUAUUUUCUCAUCACCGGUGGCAUCAUAUACGAUGUGAUCGUUGAACCUCCGAGUGUCGGAUCAAUGACAGAUGAACACGGACAUCAGCGGCCAGUGGCCUUUCUGGCGUACAGGGUGAAUGGGCAGUACAUCAUGGAGGGGUUGGCAUCCAGUUUUCUCUUCACCAUGGGAGGCCUUGGCUUCAUAAUUCUGGAUCGCUCUAAUGCACCCAACAUUCCCAAGCUCAACCGUUUCCUCCUGCUAUUCAUCGGCUUUGUCAGCGUGCUACUGAGCUUUUUCAUGGCCAGAGUCUUCAUGAGAAUGAAACUGCCUGGUUACCUUAUGGGUUAAAGCUGCAAUAUGGCAUAAUCCGCUUGAGAGAUUAAAGAGAACAUACAGAAAACCAUUUCAGUGCCAAGGACUCAAUCAAACGCUGAUCAAUUAUUUCCACUAGCAGAAAUCUCCUCCCUUAUUGUUUUGUUUUUUUUGACACAUGCAACUUGUUGGACUCUUAUUGUGUUAAAUUUACUUCUUGACAUUGCUGAUAAAAAACAUCUUAUCACAUUUCUCUAAAGUCCAAAGGGUGGUCAGUAUUAUAUUGAUGCCCUUGAAAAUCAUUGUUGUGGUCAAGCUAAAUCCAUUUUGGAAUAUCUCCUUUUACUGUUAUUUUGUAGACAGCCUGCUCUGUGAAAACCCUUGAAUGUGGCUGUUUGAUGUGCAGUUUUUUCUAUAAUAAACAAAUGUACUUCCCACAAUGAA